CUCUCUUUACUGGUUGGAGUUUUGUCUCUCUGAAAUUCUGAAUCCUUGUCAUUUCUUCUCUUCUUAUGGCUCUUGUGAGUCGGAUUCAGUCUCUCUCUGCCUUCUCUUCUUCCUCCACCCAUUUCAGAAAACCCCACUCCUCCUCCUCCUUCAACCCCAUUUCUUCAUUACGCUUCAACUCCACUUCCUCCAAUUCCUCCUCCUCACCUUUUACAGAGAAGGCUUCUAUCGAGAGAUACCAGCGAGACCACUGGCUCUACAAAAACCAACAUUCAGAAUCCGACCAACCCUUACCCACUCCCUGCUGCUCUCUCCCGCCCGAUUUUGAUUCCUUGAGGGAAAACGACAUCGCUUUGCAGCUACCCGAGCUCAGGAACCUGCUUCAGGUGCUCAGAGAAAAGAGGCAGACUCAAGGUGAUCGAGGCGGCUGCGGGCCCGGGAAUGUCUUCUUGGUGGGGACGGGGCCUGGGGACCCCGAGCUCCUGACAAUGAAGGCUUACAGAGUUAUUCAGACUGCUGAUUUGUUGCUCUAUGAUAGGUUGGUGUCCAAUGAUGUCUUAGAUUUGGUUGGCUCUGGUGCUAGACUUCUCUAUGUGGGCAAGACUGCUGGGUACCAUAGCAGAACCCAGGAGGAGAUACAUGAAUUGUUACUGAGUUUUGCCGAAGCUGGAGCUAAUGUUGUGAGGCUAAAAGGAGGGGAUCCGCUGGUGUUUGGAAGGGGUGGAGAGGAGAUGGAUUUUCUGCGGCAACAAGGAAUUGAAGUUAACGUUAUUCCAGGUAUUACUGCUGCUUCAGGGAUAGCAGCAAAUCUAGGGAUUCCGUUAACUCAUCGAGGUGUCUCAAAUAGUGUUAGAUUUCUCACCGGCCACUCCAGGAAGGGAGGAACAGAUCCUCUGUUUGUGGCAGAGAAUGCAGCUGACCCUGAUUCGACCUUGGUGGUUUACAUGGGUUUGUCGACUCUCCCUUCUCUUGCUCAAAAGUUGGUGCAUCAUGGUCUACCGCCAAAUACACCAGCUGUUGCGGUUGAGCGAGGGACCACACCUCAACAACGCAUGGUUUUUGCAGAACUCAAGGAUGUUGCAGAUGAAAUUGUAUCAGCCGAGUUAGUAUCACCAACGUUGAUCAUCAUUGGUAAAGUAGUGGCACUUUCACCGUUGUGGCCAUAUGCUUCAAAGGAAGUAUCGUGUCUUGUAGAAGCACUAUAGGCGCAUCUGAGGCUUGACUACAAGUGUUUUGCCCAUCCAAUUAAACUUCAGACCUUAGGCUCGCGGCUUGUGAAUUUCGGUAAUUAGAGCUUUAGUUCCUAAGCCAGGAUGAUCUUCGAUUUAGGCGGAAAUUGGUUUUUUAGCAGCAUGAGAGCGUGAUUAAUUAAUUAAAACAGUAGAGUUUUUGAAUGUUUUUGAAAUGAUUUGUACAUGACAAGAUUUUAAUUAGGGGUGUUUGAUCAAAUUUGAAGCCUAAGGUAAUGUAAUGCGAGUUAGAAUUUGAAUA